CAAUCAUAAAACAAUAGAUAUUUGUAGGAGUACUAAAACAAAAACAGUCCUCAUAUUCGAGCAAAAUUGAAGAGGAUGAAAAUUGGAACAAUAGUUCUAAAAAUGGAGAAUGAUAAUUACAAAAUAAUCCAAGUUUUUCUGCUGACAAUCUUACUCUUGAAAUCUCCAAACUAUAGUUAUGGUCACAAGCAUGGUGACGGUGUACAACCAUUGUCUCAGAUUAAUAUUCUCGGCACAACUCUUGAUCUUCACAAACAAGUUCAUGUUGAUGUUUCUCAUGCUCUUUUGGACUCAAAGGAAAAUGAGGCCGAAAUUAAGUUACCGGCGGUUCAAGAAAAGGAGAAGAUCAAGCUGAACGUCCUAAAUUAUGAAGGAGAUGAAGAGACUUAUGGCCAUCUUGCGAGGGCAACUGUGAAUAUCAACACCGAUCAUCCCUCUUCAGAUGAUUGGGUUGCAGUUUUCUCCCCUUCAAAUUUCAAUGCAUCUACAUCUUGUCAAGAAGUUGGUAGCAAAAGAGCUGAGGAGCCAUAUAUAUGCACCGCGCCUAUAAAGUAUAAAUAUGUAAAUUACUCAAGUCCCAAUUAUCUCAAAACUGGAAAAGCUACUAUGGAUUUUGAAUUGAUCAAUCAACGAGCUGAUUUUGCAUUUGCAGUGUUCUCUGGAGGAUUGUCUAAUCCAAAACUUGUGAAGAUUACAAAACCUAUAUCACCUUUUCCAAAUCCUAAAGCGCCGCUUUACCCACGCCUUGCUAUGGGAGAGACUUGGGAUGUGAUGACAGUAACAUGGACAAGUGGUUAUAACAUAGAUGAAGCAGUCCCUUUUGUGGAGUGGGGGCGUCCUGGUGGCGCUACCAUGCAAUCACCUGCUGGAACUUUUACAUACAUUCGCAGUCAAAUGUGCGGUUCACCUGCACGAACUGUUGGAUGGCGUGAUCCUGGAUUUAUACACACUAGCUUUCUUAAGGAUUUGUGGCCAAACACAGUAUACACCUAUAGGAUGGGCCAUCUCAUAUUAUCUGAUGGUUCAUAUGUUUGGAGCAAAAAGUAUCAGUUCAAAUCCCCUCCAGUUCCCGGAGAAAGCUUUUUACAACGUGUUGUUAUCUUCGGUGACAUGGGAAAGGGUGAACGAGAUGGAUCAAACGAGUAUGCUAACUACCAGCCGGGAGCAUUGAAUACGACAGAUCAACUCAUCAAAGAUAUUGAUAACAUUGAUGCUGUUUUCCUUAUUGGAGACUUGCCUUAUGCCAAUGGAUAUGUCUCACAGUGGGAUCAAUUUACUGCACAAGUAGAGCCUAUUGCAUCCGCCGUACCCUUUAUGGUUGCAAGUGGUAAUCAUGAACGCGAUUCACCAGAUUCAGGAUCAUUUUAUGCAAAUGAUGACUCAGGUGGUGAAUGUGGUGUUCCUGCAGAAACAACAUUCUAUGUUCCUGCUAAAAACAGGGCAAAAUUUUGGUACUCAGCAGAUUACGGAAUGUUCCACUUCUGCAUAGCUGACACUGAGCACGACUGGAGGGCCGGCACAGAACAAUACAAAUUCCUUGAGGAAUGCCUUGCAUCAGCAAAUAGGCACAAACAGCCUUGGCUGAUCUUUGCUGGUCAUCGCCCCCUCGGUUACUCCUCUAAUAAAUGGUUUGGCCAAGAAGGCUCUUUCGAAGAGCCCAUGGGUAGAGAUGACCUACAAAGACUAUGGCAGAAGUACAGGGUUGAUAUUGCAUUUUGGGGUCAUGUCCAUAAUUAUGAGAGAACAUGCCCUAUAUAUCAGAACCAAUGUGUGAAGAGCACAGAUGAGACAUCUCAUUACUCAGGUGUGGUAAAUGGUACCAUUCAUGUUGUUGCUGGUGGAGGCGGCGCUCACUUGAAUGAAUUUAGUCCUAUAAAAACUAUCUGGAGCAUUUACAGAGAUUACGAUUUUGGAUUUGUGAAGCUCACUGCAUAUAACUACUCGCAUCUAAAAUUCGAGUACAAGAAGAGCAGUGAUGGCAAGGUUUAUGAUUCCUUCACUAUAUCUAGAGAUUACAAAGAUGUACUGUCUUGUGUUCAUGAUAGUUGUGCACCGUAUACAUUGGCUAGUUAAGAUGGAAGGAAAAUUCUUGGACGAAAGUUGGUUGUUACCUAUAUAACGAUAGUCAUAUUAGACUAUCAACGUGACAAUCAAUGUUAGACUUAAGAAAUAUGAUUUCACUUCUACCAUUUUGUAAUUUUCUUUUGGAUUGGCUCGUUUGUUAAUCUAUGUAGAUAUAUUCAAUGUUCAAACAUUUAUGUAGGUUAAACAAAGCAUCACAAUCAGAUGUCAAAAAAAAAAAAAAAAGUAUAUUAUUCUUAAUAAACUUGCUUAUGCCUUUAACUUCGAUAAAA